CAGCACGGCAGGACAACAAGUGUGUCUCUGUUGCAUGAAUUGCUCAAUAUAGAAGCAUAUAUAUUUUUUACUACAGGAUCGAUUUGUUACGCAACUUCUAUACACAGUUCAUUUCUUGCAUACGGCAGCACCGAAGUCUACCGACGGUUGGAGAAGAUCAAAAAGACCGACCCAAUCGCGAAAAACCCAGACAAGGCCAGCCGCAGCAACCGAGGGGACGGCGGCGGUAGCGGCGCGAUGGGUUCCAGUCAGAGCGGAGUGGUUAACCAGGCGGAGUGACGAGAAAAGGAUCGUCGCCAGCUCCUGACUGCAGCGACUGGGGGCGGUGCCAACUGAUAAUUUCCAUCAACACAAAACUGGUCCACGAGCUGCAGCUGGGUCUAUCAUCACAUUUUUUUUUCCGCGAAGUGCUUAUUUCAAUUUUUGAAACUGCAUAUCGUUGAUCAAGCCAAAAAAUCGUUAUCGUAUUCAAGCAAAAAUUAUCAAGACCAAACCCAUUUUCUUUUUCACAUUUCAACACUAUACUUAUUCCAAAAUACUAUGCAAUUAUAGCAGAAGAAGAUUGAUAAACAAGAUUAUAUGUUCACAAGCAUCACAACUCAACAGAUUUUUUAUAGUUUUUCUAGCGAACAAGAUCACGCGGCUCUUGCCUCCUGUUUUAUCCAUAAUAUCCUGCUCGACGGCAUCAAGAGCUAUGCGGGGGCAAGUGCAAGCGCGAGAUGGGUAGUUCUCGACGCCGUUUCCAUUCUUCACAUCAAAAUCAAAUGCAAGAACUUCUAUCUAUCCAAGUGCACCACCCCCCUUUGUUCUUCACUGCUCCAGUUUAUUGUCUUUGUCAUGCAACUAGAGCAAACUAAUGUAUGAAAAUCGAAAUGUAUGCAAGAGGAAGAGACGAAUACUCCUCCGCUUUGUUUUGCUUUUGUUAUGCGUCAGUUUAUGAGCAAUAGGCUCAUGUGUAGCUAUUUAUUUUACACUUCUCACCGCAAUUCUGUUCUACUGAGUCUAUUUGAUGAUCUACACUUCGUGCCUGCCAAUGUAAUGAACACGACAAACGAGAGGGUCAAGGGGGAGCUGUGCACCAUGGUAUCCACGGAAAUCAUCUAACGGUGGAAGUGUAACUGGGUGUAGAACAACAUGAGCAAGAGAGCCUUCUUGCAUAUUCAAACACACGGCAGUGGUGCAAGCAAAUUUGUAUUCGUAUUAAUACAGCGGCCAACGUACAUGCCAAUUUCAAUUUGUCCGUCGUGGUAUUGACAUUAAACCUACCUUGAUGCAUGAAUGUGUUGUAAAGUGUCACAGAAGUCACAUUCGCAUGUGAAGAAAAAGAAGAGACUGGCAGUAGGUCAAAUAGAUGCUCUUCUCGUUCUCACCAAAGCAGGUGCACUAUCGCAGUUUUUUCCUUGGAUAUCGCAUAUUCCUGA